ACAUUUGCUUAAGAACCAUCUGCAUUUCACAACCUAUCUACAGCUGUGUUUGUGUGGCUCGUGUGGCCAUCUCAAUAAAAAUUCCUUUGCUUCUUGCAACAAGCGUGCCAACAUCUUAAAAAUGGAGCGACGCGGUGGCUUGCCUAGGACUCCUCGUAUAAAUGAAACUAUAUUGGAAUAUUGUGAAAAGGCUGGUAAAGGGCGUGAUUUAGAAAAUUUUAUGCGGAUUUAUUCGCCCGCCAGUAGUCAAGGCAGUCACAGGACACAAUCUAGUAAUGAAGCACGGAGAGUUGUUAUGGUUGGAGCCAGCCAUCGCACAAGAAGUCGAGAUAACGUUUCUUCAACGAGUAGUAGUUGUGAUGCCUUAUCGUUGAUGCCUGUACGACCAUUAAAUAACUGUUAUGGAGUUAAUAGUAAAAGUAUGCCAAACAUUGAUGUUCACGAUCAUGACUUGGUUUUUAAAGAUGUAAUGCUUGAUAUUAAUAUGGAUGUGGAAAUUGAUAAUGCUAAGGUCUACAGUACAUCUAGCGAAAAUAUACACACUCCUAAAAAGCAGGGCCCCCAUGAAGAAACAAAGCAAGUAAAAACACCAGAUUCGGUAGCCAAAACGCAUAGGCGACUCGAGUGGGAUUCUUUUGGCGAUGUUGGCUAUCGAAAAUCCAUGUCCGCUAGCAAUAUAAGUGUUUUGGAACGAUCCUUACUAAGAGAAUCCCUUGAGGGAACUGUGGCUGUGGCAAUAUCAAAGAGCCACAAAGAAGAUCAGUUUCCCAGUGAACAGAAUAAAAGCAUCAAUCAGCCUAAACAAGUUAAUAUAGUUAGAAAUAACACCACUGAACAUGCUACACCACCCUUAGCCUGCAGCACUUUGGUUGAAGGUCACUCUGGAAAGAUAAACAACCGAGGUGCCCGACCCAAAAUGGUAUCCCAAGGUACUUCUUCAACAUCAUUGCAAAAGAAAUUCGAGAAAUAUGCACAAACGUCUUUGCUUAAACCAGCCACUACACAUUCUCAGGAAAUUCAAGUGUCCAUGUCUGCAUCAGCGUCUGUCGUUGAGGGUACAGCAACGCCCUCUAGCUUUGAAUAUUACUCUUCUAGAUCGUCAAAGUCCCGAUCUUCAAGAUCAUCGGCAGGCAUAUCUAGCAAUCUUUCCAAUACCAAUAUACCACCAGCCCAACAUCCUUUUAUUACGAGCAUUACAGAUUUGCUAAAGAAAAGAAAGGUCAUGAACGAGAAAUCGACAGAAGCACACAAGCAACAUCAAUACGAUAGCAUUAAGAAGUUGCAAUCUAGAUUCCAAUCUGCCUUAGAUGAAAAUAAAGAAAAUACUUCCAAUACCAAUUCUGUAACAUCGACAGGAACAUCAUUUUCUUUAACGAGACAAGCUCCAGAAUUGGAUUUAGGCAUUCAAUUAAUUUGCUCUCUUAUCGAUGCAAAAAGUGUUAAUGGAAAACAAAAGAAAAAACUCAUACGUGAUAUUGUUAAACGAUUGACACGCUUAACGGAGGGAGCCUUGGAUGAGCAGUCUAAUCAAACCAGCACUAAAAGCGGCGAAUCUUCUGCAUCCAGUAAGCAAAAUGUCUACGAUGCUGUAUAUUCUCGCCGACGAAAGGAUAAUAAAAGUCAUGACGUUUUACAGACAUGUAGCGUGGGAGUUUCGCCACUGCAAACAAUGGCUUCCUAUUGUAGGGAACAUCAAUCGCAGCUUACUAUAAAUUCGACGGGUGAACAAUUGGAAAAUGCUCAAGUUUAUCAAAACACUUGCCCGCACGGAUGCAAGUGGGGGCAAUCUACCAAUAAUAGAAAGCACGAACAAAAUGUUCUUGGCAACAGCAACAAACAAUCCACAUGUAAUAAGCAGCUACAACCACCCUAUGCCACUGACACUGCAUCUAGUAUUAAUAACAAUAAUGUGCCAAUUGCUACUCCAACAAAACAUAACAAUGGAAUGCAAAGUGAACUAAUUGCAAAGCAAAAAACUUUAAGAAAUGCAUUGCAAGGUGAACAUCAUUUGCUCAAGUCAAAGGCAACACAAACUUCAAUUUCAACGGACAGUGUCAAGUCAAAGAAAUCUCAUGUAAUCUCUUCAACGAGGACCAUUUCUUCAGGUACCACAACUACAACCACUACUUCCAGUACAUCAUCUCACGAUUUACCAACACAAAAGUCGUUACGUAAAAAUACAAUUAGCAACGAAAUGGAAGGCGAGCAACCCACCAUGAGGGAAUGGCUUAACCCUUUAACACAAUCCGAAAUAGAUUAUGAGGAGAAGAAACGCGAGGAAAAUGAAAAGAAAGCUGCUGCGGAACACAAAGAGGCAUUGAGGCGUGAAAAGAAUGCCAAAAAAUCCAAACAGCAUAGCUGUGGACGUGAUCAACAAUUAGAUUGGAUUGAAAAUGAGAUACAUCGUCUGGAGUGCCUUAAAAAUUUGUUGUUGCAUGAUGAACAUGACAUUCAGGAGGAACAAAAAUCUGCCAACUCGACCAGCGGCGAUGAUAGUUCGCAUAAAUCCAAGGAGUCAUCCAUCAGUUGCACACAAACAGAUAAACUAUACGACACUGUAUAUUCCGACAAAUCUUCUGUUUUAAGUGAAUCAGCCGAGCGCUUGGUAAAAGAAAUCGAAGUCAUACUGGAGGAGUCUAGCGAGGAUAUGAUAAAUUUAAAUGAGAAUACAAAAAAAAGUAGACAGAGAAAAAAAGAAACUCAAUUAGUAUAUGAAAAAGUAGGAGAAGAUGAAGAACAUCCCAAAGGAGGAAAUACCGAAAAAAUGCAUACGAUAAAGGAGAUUACAAUUAUUAAGGAAAAACAAUUUACGGAAAAUAAUCCCCCCAAAAGUCAGCCUGUGCAAAGGCAAAAAAUUGAUACUCCCAUCACUAAUUCAGAUCAUAGCCAAGAAGGCACUGAAACCUUAAGGGAUAUGGUGAAACAAAGAAAACAAGAGUUUAUGGCCUCAUAUAAGACUAGAAAACAACAUCACUAUGAUGCCUUGAAGCAACAACAGAAAGAUCAAAAUCUCUUUAAAUAUUUGCCCAUAAAGCAGGUUCAUGUACAAGUCUCUAAAGAGAAACCAUCCGCCUAUACUGGCUAUUAUUCGGUACCGCAUACCAUAAAUCGCAGAUUUUCCCCUACAGAAUAUGCAUAUCCACAAAGCAAUUUACCGCCCACACCACAAGAGCAGGAUACUAGCAAUUCAUCCGUGCGGGUUGUAUAUGCCACCACCACAGCAAACACAUUCAAUCAACGCAAAACUACACAAAAACCCUCAACUUCGAGUGCUGCUGCAACAACUUCUACUUCCUCUAAUUCCAUAUUUUGUAUGUCAUCCGAUGUUUCGGUUCCCAUGGGUUCCAACAAUGCCUCAUCCACACCCACCACUACACAUCAUUAUGACGAUGUUGCUGCUGCAAGAAUACCACCACUGCAAUCUUCGCAUCAACUACAGCCUUAUUUCUAUGCCAAAAAUUUGGAACAACAAAAAAAGCCCCAUACCAUUGCCACAGCAUCAGCCUUUAAUGUUAGACCUAAAGGUGGUAUAGCCUAUGUUAUUGAAUUUGAUAAUAAACAGUUGGAACAAAAUAUUGCUGGCUCAGCGGAACAGGUGUUGGCCACUACAGAAUCUGCUGCCAUUUUGACCACAAACAAUAUUGAAUGUCUGGCAAAGUCAUCCAAUGAACCUCAAUUGAGUUUGCAAGACCAUUUGGAGAAGGCUAAACCGAAUUUCCUUAAGCAGUGCAAGGAACGCAAAGCAAUACUCAAUAAACUACAGUCUAUGCGUCAGGAACGCGAUCGACAACUGAGAGAUAUAGUUGAAAAUACAAGCUUCAAUUCUUUGGAGCGUCGCUUAAGAUAUCUACCACCGCCACCAAUACAAAAACUUCGCAUUUUAAAGACAAAAGAAAUGAAGGCUUUGACAAAUAAACGUGUUGCCGCUCUUCCCGAAGUUGUGGCCCGCAAGCAACAAGAAAUAGAAGAGAGAAAACGUAGAGGCAAUCGUGUUUUGAGGGAUGUUUUUAAUUUGCGUUUACAAAAGCGUGUGCGUAGCGGAAAGUUAUCCUUAAAUCAUAGCAAAGUUGUUAUUUAGUUAAUGACACGACACACUAUCAUUACAUUAUAAGGACAAGUUCAAUAUUAGGAAAAUAUUGAAGACCAUAUUUAUGCCAAUUUAUGUUAUAAAUAACAAACUGUUCUUUGGAGAAACUUUUUAUGCUAAAAAACAAUAAAAUGUUAUUAAAUUUAA